AUGUUCGAUGAGCGAGAAUAUCGUCGAAUCUCCACCGAAAACGUCGUCAGUGGCUCUAGCACGACCAAAGGAUGUAAAUCAUCAUCUGAAGUUGUUCUUAUUUCUUAUCGACCGCUGCCAAGUGAUGAUAACGGAUUUGUUCCAUCACACCAUCAUCAUCCCUCUCAUGGUGACUCUCACAUAACUGACGCAUCUUAUCCGCUUCCGCAAGACAUCCAAACUGCACGCUAUUCACCAUCGCAUUUCGGUGAAGCCUGCCCGGAACCAAUCGGAUUCCGUCAUUUCCAUCAAACUGUUUAUCCAUCGGCAAUUGGAAUAAUUGAUGAGGACGAUGCUGCAAAGGUGAUGCCACCAGGUGAAUUAGGAGGUGGCGCUGAUCAAUACGGAGGUUCCGCACAUUGCGGCGGCGGCUCAGAAUACAAACCUGAGACAACAUCUGAGAGGCCCGAGUUUGAUUCUGAUGGAAUUCGCAUCCUCUAUUAUCGACCAACGUAA